GUGUAUCAUAGCAUAUGUAAGGAGAAGCUGGGCCAUUGUUUUUGUGCGCUGAUGGGCGACGGAAGGCCGUUCCCGCGCACGAUAGUCUUGUGCAUUGAGUCAGUGGAGAUAUCGAUAAGUAAUUCAUUGCGUUCACAUUUAACAGCAUACACCGAUUUUGAGCGUUCUCGGUGACUCCGCCUCUCGAGACCAGCCACGAUGAAGAUUGACUGGAGCAAGGUGUAUCAGCCCGAGAUCGUAUUCCAGCGGUUUCCAAGCCGGCGAUCCCAAGUAUACAGCACCAAGGGCAUGGUGGCUGCAUCGCAGCCUUUGGCUGUUGAAGCAGGGCUGGAGGUUUUGAGAAAAGGCGGGAACGCGGCCGAUGCCGCCGUCGCCGUUUCUGCCGCAUUGAACGUGACGGAACCUAGCUGUUGUGGGAUCGGUGGAGAUGCAUUCUGUCUCUUUUAUGAUGCGAAGAGCAAAGUUGUCAAGGCCCUAAAUGGCUCCGGACGAUCUCCGGCGAAACUGACCAUUGACUAUGUUCGCCAGCAGGGCGUUACAGGCAAUAAGAUUCCAGCUGCUAACCUCAAUAGUGUAACAGUACCUGGUGCUGCCGCGGCAUGGGUCGACACAGUCUCACAAUUCGGAAAUGGGAAACUCUGCCUCGCUGAUGUACUGGAGCCUGCUAUCAAGCUUGCAGAAGAAGGCGUACCGGUAUCGGAGAUCCAUGCAUUCUCUUGGCAAAGAUCCGAGGAGCUUAUCAAGGAUGCUUCACCGAAUGGAGAUGAGAUGCUCCUGAAUGGCAAGGCUCCACUCCUCGGGCAAGUCGUGAAGCUGCCCAACCUUGCGAAAACCUUCCGCUCCGUGGCCGAAUACGGCAAAGACGGCUUCUACAAGGGUUGGGUUGCCGAAGCGAUCGUUGAGCUUAUACAGAGCAAAGGAGGCGUGAUGGAGCUCGAGGACCUUGCUGAGCACGAGACCUCCUUCGUAGAUCCUAUCAGCUACACAUUUCAAGAUGAAGUCACUCUGUAUGAGUGUCCUCCGAAUGGGCAAGGUAUCACCGCCUUGCUUGCGCUAGGUAUUUUGGAAAACAUGGAGAAACAGGGUAAAAUCCGGUCCCUGCUGGAGAUGGAGCAUAAUUCUGCAGAGUACCUUCACGCCCUUGUUGAGGCUCUCCGGCUCGCAUUUGCUGACACCCAAUACUACGUCACGGACCCCGACACAACAAACAUCCCUGUUGCUGAGCUCUUGAGCAAGGAAUAUUUGGCUUCCAGAGCGAGUCUAUUCGAUCCCAAGAAGACGAAUGCCAAGGUCAUCCAUGGCAACCCAGUUUUCUCGUCAGACACGGUCUACUUCUCGGUAACGGAUCAGUGGGGUAAUGCCUGCAGUUACAUUCAGAGCAACUAUGCUGGCUUCGGAACGGGAGCUGUACCAAAGGGCUGUGGCUUCACGUUGCAAAACCGUGGCAGCAAUUUCAACCUCACACCCGGUCAUCCAAAUGCAUUGGAGGGUGGUAAACGACCGUAUCAUACCAUCAUCCCUGCGAUGGCGCUCAGAGGCAAAGAUUUGUUCCUUUGCUACGGCGUGAUGGGCGGGUUCAUGCAGCCGCAAGGCCACGUUCAGGUACUGCUCAAUAUUCUCCGCGGUUUCACCGCCCAAGCUGCGUUGGACGCGCCCCGACUCUGCAUAUCCGCUGGGAGCCCGGACUCGCUGACGUCGGGUGAGGCAGGCGAUGUCAACAGCGAGGUAUAUUUCGAGGAAGGAAUCACACUCGAGACAGUGCAGAAACUUCGAGACAUGGGCCACGAUGCGCGGCACGUCACCGGUUUGGCAAGGGGCAUGUUCGGUCGUGGGCAGGUUAUCCAGAAGAUUGUUGACCAGUCGGGCGUGACCGUCUGGGCAGCUGGUUCAGAUAUGAGAGCUGAUGGGCACGCUUCACCUCAAAUCUAGUGACUCCACGAUGCCAGCUCCGAUAUGAUCGAGCAAGCUGGAAUAACAUGAUAACAUAUUUCCGCAUGAUGUUUUACACAGUGUAUG